AUGGAUGACAGAAUGCCGUAUUCAGAGUUGAACACAUUUGAACGCCAUCUCAGUCUGGCGGGAUCUCAGGCUUCUCUUCGCAGUGCCCAGUCUUCGGUUACGACAGCAGAAGAUCGUCUGGUGCAAAGCGCCGGGGCGAGCUUGGGCACAAACUCCUUCAAGGGGCAUGUGCCUGUCCCUCUUCCGGUAGCUGCAGCGGAGUCGACACCGCAUGUUCGAGCGAACGGAGAGCAGAUGACUGCCGAAAGGCCAGUCACCCUGCGCGAGGGAAUCGUUGUCCGAAUUGCCGAGAGAAGGUUCCGAAUAUCUGAACCACUUGGCACUGGAAGCUAUGGAGUUGUGUGGUGUGCUCGAAAUGAGGAUGCCCAGGAGUCCAAGGAGGAGUUCGCCAUCAAGGAGAUCUUCUGUCGUUCCCAGGUUGAGCUGAAGAAUGCCUUGUUCGAAGGCAACAUACUUGCAAGGCUCGGCGGAAGUUUUCCAACAGCCGCAGGCACGCUGUCCAGCGCGCCUUCACUGUCCUCACGCAUCCCGAGCAUGGCUGCAGAAGAAACUGAAAGCCUUGGAUCCAAGGGCUGGCGCGUGCGACUUGCGAUGUCCAGACUCGCUGGAGAGCCACUGGCGUUGGUUCUGCGAUGCCACAAGCAAGCAUCCUUAGAAGUCCUCCCGGCGAAAGAUGCUUUGAGGCUUCUUGCUGAGCCUUGUCGUAUCGCUUCGGAGUUAUUGGCACAGCUGGGGCCUGCUCUGCAGGAGCUGUCGCGGGUUGUUUACCAUCGAGACGUCAAUCCGCGGAAUAUCUUGGUGGACCAUGUGAGCACUCCAGGACAGACCAGCUUUGGAUUGGUUGACUUUGGCAUGGCUGUGGACACCCACAAAUGGCUGGGAACGUCAAAGGGCUCAAGCGGAUCUUUCGGCAGCUCGACAGAGGAGGAUGGAGCUUGGAGGCAUGUGGAAGUCGGCGGUGAUUGUCGUUACUGGCCACUGUCAUCGUGGAUCAUGUUCAUGCGUGGUCCACAGGACCUGCAUCCAGGGUCACCUUUACGAGCCGAAUACCAGACUGGACUUGAUCUGCAUGCGUUGGGUGUCACUGCCUUGCAGGUGUUCAUGGAGAUGUCACCACUUCUUCCUGCUGAAUUGACGGGUUCAGCAGAGCACCGUCAUCUUCUCCAGACUUUCCGAAGUCUGCAGAAUGCAUGGUAUCGCUACUGGGAGGAUGUUUCUACUUUCUGGGCAUCAUUGAUGAAAUGCUUUUCCAGUGGAGGCAACUGGAUGGUUUUGAAGUCUUCCUGCAUCGAGGCCGGCUUGGACAACGUUCUGAGUGGUCGACUUUCCGACCUACGGGGCACGCUGGAAGAGAUGGGAAGUGCAUCAAUGCACCUUGCAGACAGCCAGGUCUGUGAACAGAUGGUACUGCUUGUUCGAACGCUGCUAACCCUCCUCAGCAAUGCGGAUGAUGAGCAGCGCAAAGCGCAACAACGGCCGUCAGAAGUGCCAAAGCAGCAAGCGCGGAUUUUGCAGCCCCAGCAUGUCCAGAACAGGCAGCAUCUGCCUCAUGAGCAGAAGCCAGGCUGCAAGAUAGGGCCACCACAGCAGCGAGUUAUUGUUGGCUCGAGUCUUAAGCAACAAGCCCCACAGCAAGGCUGGCUUCAAAAUCGGCCACAGGCCGGUAGCCACCACGAGUCAACGAAUCAGCAGGAACCUUACAGGAGUGCCCUACCGAGCGAUAGGAUCACCACGGUUCGGGGGCUCCAGGAAAAUACGAGAACGCCACGAUCUUCGUUGCCUCACGCCCUGGCUACCACCGGCUCAUCCUUGACUGUUCGAAGCCCGGAGUCUGCAGAUAUUUCUACCACACUCGUGGGGACAUUGGCAUCGGCCCCGCGACAGCGAUCCUUAUCUCCGCUCUUCAGACGGCCUAGAUCGGGCAACCAGUCCCCGUCUCAGUACGUCGGGCCAGUUUGGACAAAAACGUCAACGCCGGAAGGUGUACGUCUCGCUUCUGGCUAUAACAAUUAUUCCACAGUAGCGUCCCCGGCUUUAGCAGCAGAACACUGGAGUGGUGCACGUGCGAAAAUCGCGAGUCAUGGACAUUCUUGGGCUGUGCAGAGCAGGCCAAUUCCGUGUGCAGCAAAUUCAGGGGAAAGCCCUUUCAGAAGUGCUUGA